AGAGUUCGUCCGACUUGACGUUCGAGGCAAAAUGGCCGCCCCCAGAAAGCACGGAUAUCCAUCGGUUAAAGUGGCAGAUAUUACUGUCCAGGAUGAUUCGUCGGACAGUGAUGCCGAAACGGAACCAGCUAAAGUUUUCCACAGACGCAUAUCAACUAACCGAGCUAUAAAAUCGUCUACCUGCACCAAAGAGGGCUACCUGAUGAAACAGACCAGCUCCUUCCAGCGCUGGAAGCGACGGUAUUUCAAACUGCAGGGCAGGAGACUCUUCUAUGCAAAGGAUACCAAGUCUCUGAUUUUUGACGAGAUCGAUCUAACGAACCUCAGUGUGGCGGAAUGCAGCACCAAAAACAUCAACCACAGCUUCCAGGUUAUAACCCCCUUCAGAAACCUCAUCUUGUGCAGUGAUUCGCGCCGGGAGAUGGAGGAGUGGAUUAGUGCUUUAAAAAUGGCUGCCAACAAAGAAUACUACGAGCAGGGUACUACUAGUCACACGGAGAUGAUGUCAGGACAGCACAACUGGUACGCCUGCUCCCACGCACGCCCUACAUACUGCAAUGUGUGCCGGGAAGCCCUCUCAGGGGUCACGUCACAUGGCCUGUCCUGUGAAGUUUGUAAAUUCAAAGCUCAUAAGCGAUGUGCAGUCCGUGCUCCUACAGACUGCAAGUGGACGUCGCUGUCAUCAAUUGGUAAAGACAUCAUCGAGGAAGAGGAGGAGGGAAUCUCAUUACCACAUCAGUGGUUAGAAGGCAACCUACCUGUCAGUGCUAAAUGCAAUGUCUGUGAUAAAACCUGCGGCAGCGUUCUCCGCCUCCAGGACUGGCGCUGCCUCUGGUGUCGAGCUAUGGUGCAUACGUCCUGUAAAGAACAAUUCUAUAAGAAAUGCCCCCUUGGUCAAUGCCGCUUGUCUGUGCUCCCUCCCAUCGCUAUUAACAGCAUUGACUCGGACGGCUAUUGGGAGGCGACACGCCCGCCUGGGACCAGCCCACUGCUGGUGUACGUCAACACCAAGAGUGGCGACAAUCAGGGAGUAAAAUUUUUACGAAGAUUUAAGCAGCUGUUGAAUCCUGCUCAGGUUUUUGAUCUCAUGAAUGGAGGCCCGUACCCAGGGCUACGAUUAUUCCAAAAAUUUGAUUCCUUCCGUAUUCUCAUCUGUGGGGGUGAUGGCAGUAUUGGAUGGGUGCUAUCUGAGAUUGACAAACUAGAUCUACAUCGACAGUGCCAAAUAAGGGUGCUACCGUUUGGGGCUGAUUUGCGGGUUCUAGGGAAGAGACAUGCGGUGACAUCGUUACGUCCAGUUACUGUGCUCAAUGUUAGAUCGGUGAGUAUCCGUUAUGCGUGGAUUAAAAUGUUAGAUCGCUGGAGUAUAUGGACGUAUGAGGGAACUAUGCCACCCCCAAGGAAACUGUCUCAACAGACUGAUCCCAUCUCCCAGUAUGAGGACUCUGUCGCUGCCCAUCUGUCCAAAAUACUUCAUUCCGAAGAUCAUCAGGUUGUGAUAUCCUCUGCCAAAGUUUUAUGUGAAACUGUCAAAGAUUUUGUAGCCAAAGUAGGAGACUCUCAUGAAGAGGAGCCUGAGAAGGAAGAGCCUGAGGGAGAAUCAAUAGCCAUGAAGUGUGCUGUGUUAAAUGAAAAACUUGAAGGGUUGUUGAAGACUCUUAACCAGGAAUCAAAGGUUUCCACAGAGGAGCCGGAGGAAGAGGAAGAGAUUGUGGAGGAGCCUGUGAUUGGCUCCCCCGAGAGAGACAUCGUCCCAGGGGAGAUAACUGGGCCCAUCAAAGUCAGAUCUGCCAUAUUCCGACCCCGCGAUGCCUUGAUGUCACGAGCCAACAGCUUGAAGAAAGCAGUGCGUCAGAUAAUAGAACACACAGAAAAAGCUGUCGAUGAACAAAAUGAGCAGACACGACAGAUGAUGCUUGGAGCAGGGGCAGAUAAUCGGGACCUGGAGAAUGCUGGCUUGACAGAUGGAACGACGUCUCGGUCGGCACCAAGCUUCUCAAUAUUCACAAUGGAACCUCCUCCUCCUCCACCUCCACCGGCUCCAAGUCGUAUAGAUGGAUCUCGCUCUCCAAGAGGUCCGUCGUCACGGAGGAUCAGCAGCAUGAGUACGUUUAACCGCUCCGCCAGCGUGGGCUCCAACCUCUGUACCCGCGGCCGUGACAGGAGUCCCUCCAAAGACACCCUGAAUGUCCCCCCAACUCUUGGACUGCCCAUCCUUGACCACCACAUGAUGCUGCCAGGGAUGAGCAGCAGUCUGGCCAAGACACUGGGUGGAGGCAGCUUCAUCAGCAAGGCUCUGGCCAACGCUGACGCCCUCUGUGCUGCAGCAUCACCGCUAUUAGAAGAAGAUAUUCCAGAGCUGUACACAGAGAGGUGUGUCAUGAACAACUACUUCGGGAUUGGUCUCGAUGCCAAGAUAAACCUGGAGUUCCAGAUGAAGAGGGACGAGCACCCGGAGAAGUGUCGGAGUCGGACGAAGAAUCUGAUGUGGUAUGGAGUACUGGCCAGCAAGGAGAUCCUACAUCGCACCUUCAAAAACCUGGACCAGAGAGUUCUCCUGGAGUGCGAUGGACAGAGAAUUCCACUGCCAAGUCUUAAGGGGAUCGUCAUUCUCAACAUUCCAAGUUAUGGUGGAGGGGCAAAUUUCUGGGGUGGUACCAAAGAAGAUAUAAACUUCACUGCCCCAAGCUUUGAUGACAAGAUUCUUGAAGUGGUAGCUGUGUUUGGGGGAGUGCAGAUGGCUGUGUCAAGGGUCAUCGACAUUCAACAUCAUCGAAUCUGUCAGUGUCGGACUGUGAAGAUCACCAUCCUGGGGGACGAGGGCGUACCUGUGCAGGUAGAUGGGGAGGCAUGGACACAGCCUCCCGGCUUCAUCCGCAUCGUACACAAGAAUCGAGCCCAGAUGCUCACAAGAGACAGGACUUUCGAGAAUGUGUUAAAAUCGUGGUCCGAGAAGCAGAAGAUAGACCGGUCAAUCAGUCCACAGCCAGCACCUUUGUCAGAAGAUGAAGCUCACAUAUUGCUUAACUUUGUGGAGGCAGCAGCGUCGCUCAUACGAUGUGUGAAGGUAGCUGCCCGAAGUCACAGUACAAUAGAACAAGAGUUAUUUCCCCUUGCCCAACAAGCGUCGUCUUGUUUGGAUCGUCUGUACCCUUCAGGAAAACUUCCCGAGCUUGAGUCUUCGGAGCCUGAGACCUACCAGCCCACACUACGGAGUCAAGUGUCCGACCUGCUACACAGCGUUAAACUCCUUUACAACGAAGCAAGCCUGUUCCUCUCGGACAAAGCUCCUGCCAUGUCCAAUGUUCACCUCUGGCACGACAUCGAGGAGAAGCUUAGCAUGUGCCUGGCCACACUGGAGGUGGAGAUGAAGAAGGUGGCCAACAUCAGUGGCGUGGGCCAGUAUACACAGACACCAGAGGAAGUGCAGAUGAUAGAACAGCAUAAGCGCCACAAACAUGGUGGCAAGUUCAGCAAGGUGUACAGCAAGUUGAAGGGAAAGGGGAAGGAAAAGGAGAAAGGAGGCCGGAGUAGUCUCCCUCCAGGGUUUGAGGUUCGAGGCUGGACCCCUGAGGAAGUCGGAGUCUGGCUGGAGAAACUCUCACUAGGGGAGUACCGAGACUCCUUCAUCAGCCAUGAGAUCCGCGGGUCGGAGCUCCUCAACUUGGAGCGGAGAGAUCUCAAGGACCUCGGGGUGACGAAGGUGGGACACUUGAAGAGAAUCCAGCAAGGCAUCAAGGAGCUGCUGAACAGAGAGCUGGCGCUGGAGCGAGCUGAGAAGACCUCCACCUCCUGACAUUUAGCUGCCGCUGCAGCCGAUGCUGCGAUGUCCUACUGACAGUGGCGUCGCUGCUGAAGCUGCUCUGUGGGACUGACUGCAGUGCUGCAUCAGGAUCACUCGACCUGAUGACAUGGACCAUCUGGGUGACAGGGUGAGAUGACAUCCGAUGACGUCAUCGGACAUCGUCGAUGUUGGUGUGACGAUGUAUGACAUUGUUACGUGAUAACACCUGGGACCACAGCUAUGUUUCAGUGUUAUAUUUCCAGGAACUGUUCCUAACUGCAUUACUGUUUUGUUCGUGCAAGGUGAAAGCUUGUCGACACAAUUUCACGCAUGUGUGUAUUGUCCGGGUCACCUGCCAUCCUCUGUUACUAUGGUGAGGUCAUUCGCUUGUCGUUACACAAGGAAUUCAAUAGGGAAAUCGACCUGAGAAAACAUUUUCAGACACUGGAAGCUGAACUGUUGUUCUUGAAAAAUUAAUUUUAUUAAUUUAAUUAAUAUCUGAAAAAAUGGUUUAUUCCACCAUCAUGUGACCAUCAUUUUCAUUAAAUUGGUAUGUAUUUAUUUAAUAGGUAAGCUGGAAAAUGUUUCGGUUUUUUGUUUUAACAUAUUGUACAAACUCCCUCCUAUCUUGCUGUACUGACAAGGCAAGAGUAUAGAACAUAGUGCUGUUAUAAUUUUGUUUAUGCUGAUAUUUGUGUUAUUGAGGGAAUGUUAUUUCCCUUCUGUGCAUCAUUGCUUUCAUAAAGCCUUCAUAAUAGGGCCAUAUAAACUUGUUUUUCCAUGGUUAUACAACUUGCAGCUAGCCUGCCCCCUUCAGUGGCACUGUCACCACAAUCAAAUACAUAACAUGCCUACCCAGUAUUGGUUUAUCUAUUUAUCUAUAAUUUAUCCUUUUCACAAAAAAAUGAUGUCCGAAAGACUGUUAUGUUUUCAAUUCAGAGGCAAAAGUUUAUAUUUUGUACUUAUGAUAAGCAUGUUACUGGCGUGACGUUUCAGUACAAAUGUUUCAAGUGAUUCAUUGCAGAGAGUGUGAAAAGUGGUUUAGAUUGUUUUCACUUUCUAUAUGUUCUAAAUGGCUUUAAGUUAUUUAUUCUGCCAAGAUACAAAUGUUUUCAAACAGGAACAUUCGUCUUAUAUUUUAUUUGUAAGAUAGCAUUGAACGUAUCUUUCAUUCCUAUUUUGUAUAUUUUGUAUUGUUUAGGUGUAGCGAGAGUUUCGUAUUGUACAGCCGGUCUGUAUGAAAGUCUCUGUAUGACCAAAGAGCCAACAUAGGCCCAUGUUUACGAAAUGAAUUUAGCUCUAAGACAGUCGUAACUCCCAUCCAUUAACAUUGACUUCCGAUAGUGCUGUUGAACAGAUCCCUGGCCUUGACCUUAUACUCCAGAUAAUGAUUUGAGCAUUGUAGGUUUGUGUUAGGUAUGGGAGUAUGCAUCGUCUUAGCGCUACUCUGAACCCUAUAUUUAUGUUUGGGUAUGGAUGUUACGAUCAUCGUAGUAAUAUUAUUAUUGUAUGGCUAUGUUAAGUUAUGAGAGUGGCGAUUUUAGCGCUAAGAUUACUGUGGACACUCUGGUCCUUAUUCCACGAAAUGAUCUUGUGACUCCAACAAUAAUGGCAGUGAUAAUGUGUAGGAGUGAUGAUGGUCUUAGCGCUAAGAUCAUCGUGGGAAAGGGACAUACUGGUCCUUUUCCGCUAAAGACUUUCGAUUCCAAUGAUUAUGUGUCAGUGUUGAGGUGUGUUGGUUAAAAUGGUCUUUGCACUAAUAUUGCUGUCUGGAACGAGGUACUAUGUUCCUGGCUGGUAUGAAUCUCAUAUGAUAACCACAUGUAGUUAUGGAAUUAUCAGAUGAAGAGUAAUCAUUUCCUUCAUCGCGUCAUUAAGUCAGACUUUGUUUCCUCUAGAUGUGAGCUCAGUUGAUGUCAGGUUUCAAAUAUUUUUAAAUGCAGGUUAUAGUUCAGUUCAAACACAAGCUAACUUUAAUGUAGAUUAACACAGGUCAGAUUUAUGGGGUACUUUUUGACAUUUUAGUCAGAACACGUGCUGCUGAAAUGAUAUACUGAAACCAUACCUGGAUUCUUUGUAUAAACCAGAGUUUUUUUAAUUUCCAAAAUCAAUCAAAUCAAUGAUUUAUGGUAUAGCUAGACAUCAAACAGACACGUGAUAGAGUUGAAUAGUUGAUGAGUACAAAUAUAAGGACACCCCAAUUUCGAAAUCAAUUGAUACAUUUUGAUAAAGAAGAGCAUAUUAUGUACCAUGACAGAUUAACUAUAUAAUUAGGUAUUUUUUCAUUUCUUUUGAGAUGCAUAUACUGGUCAGAUUGGUAUCUUAAUGGACAGUUUCAACCUAGCGAAAUUCUACUUGACAAAAUGUCAACGAAGAAUCUAGUCCCUGUGCCCUGAUGUGCUCUUAUGUUCCUCCCGUUUCUUGUCCUUCAAGACUGCCUGGAACUACUCAGAUUUCUGAACUAGCAUUCUUUAUUUCAGGUUUCGUUUGUGACAUUUUAUUUACAAUGUAACACAGCAUUUUAUGUAGCACAGUUGCAUUUCUUGCAAGACGUUCCAGGCUCUAAAGAGGAUGUACCUGAUUUCUAGAUACUACAUUGGACGUGUCUCUUGUCUAGGAAGAAGUUUAGCUUUCAGAUUCAACCUGUUUCAAUUUGUAGAUUUCAACAUGUUCUAUUUUCUAGAUUUGAUACAUAUUACUAGUUUCAACAUUUUGAUAUGCCAUUUUAUAGAAAGAAUGUUCAACAUGUAGACAGUGUUUGAGGUGUGUUGUGUUCAGACUGAGCUCUAUGACUGUGGAACAUUGGCUACCACAUGUAUAUUCAUUUGUUUUCAAGACGGUGCAAUCUACGUGGGCUCCCUCCCAUUAGAUAAGUGUUAUGUAAUUAUGAUUGUGGUUAUUUUUGUUGUACACUACCCUGUAUUGGAUGUUGAAGUUGUUGGUAUAAAACGGCUUGUACGCCGUACAUGUUGUAACUGUUACAGUUUUCAUACUACAUUUUCGAGUCUGAGGACUCAUCACGAUAGCAUCUUCAAAGUUUUGUAUAUAUUUUCCACGUUUUGUACCUUCGAAUACCGUCAUAUCUUAAUGGUGACUUUUUGUGCAAACACACACAUUUUCUAUAUUGCUGAUAUUUGAUACUAUCUAGCUGUUUUUAUACAAGUAACUGUUAAGAAGAUAUGCUGUGUGAAGCUGGAUGAUGUUUUUCUUUGAACAUUUCAAAAUUUGUUCUUUAUUAAAUGUAUUUCUUGUACAUUUAUAUAAAUUAUUGAAGACAUUUUUUGAUGACGAAAUGGCACCUUCUCAAUAAGGCAGUAAUUACAAUUGUUAUGAUAGUCUACUUGGCUAGAUUGCUGGAAGGGCCCUAACUGGAAGUUGGAGACACAGCUGUCUUAUCUGAUUUCUUGACUUGAAUGAAAGUGAGUAAAACAAUAUUUUGUCAAGAAGUGAUACAUUGUUAAGACUAGAGGAUUAAAAGUGUUUUGUUUCAGAAUUGUAUCAGAAUAGAAAUAUUUCAGUUUUCCUUACAUAAAAUAAAAAUAAUUCACAGUUUUACUAACACAAAGAGAGAAUCUGUAUCAGGGUAGUAUGUUCACAUGUAACUAAGAGAUCCUAAGAGAACCAGUGUGUUGAUUGAUCUACCUUGUACAAGAGUAUAACGGGAGCUAGUUUACAGUUUAACCAACACAAACAUUUAUAAUUAAAACAUCAUUCAACUUCAGCUGGUGGAAAAUCACAGGGUUUAUUGUGAUGAUGAGAUGACUAUACUUGACAGGACAGAUGAGCAAGGAUUCAAAUGGCACGAUUAUUUAUUACAAACCAGUUUGUUUUCCAGAGCUGACUCGGUAAAUUGUCAAUAAUGCAUUGAAAUAUUAUUACUAUCACUCUGAAACCCUUUGAGACACUGAUAGUAAGAUUAACAAUUAUCAUCUGGUGCCAAAUAACAUGAAAUGAAUUGACACAUUAUCGAAACAGUUUUGUAAGGUGAACUGGCUCUUUCUUCACUAUAGCCCACGAUGGGCAUCAAGUGUAUAUAUUUUCUGAUGUAUAGAACUCUAUUUUUGCAUGGCUUGAAUCUUUUGAACUUGAUGUUCUUGAGAAGGCAGUAUUGCUGAGGGUAACUUUAUAGUUGACUUUUGUGUGAGAUUUCAAACCACUGUUAGCCUAAUAUUCUCGAUUCGUGAAGUGUUGGGUUAUUCGAAGAUUAAAGAGCGGUCUCGAUGUUUCCCAUAGAUCAUUAUUCCGUUACUUACUGCAAGGACCAACCCACGAAGUGUCUGUAGUGCUGUGAAAUGAUUUAAACUAUGGUGAAAUGAAGUUCCUAGUGCUACAAACGUUUUGUAGACCGAGACCUAGUUUAAAAAAUAUUGUUUUGGUUUUUCCAUUGCCCUGAUCCCAAGUGCCUCAUAUGCUUUGAUAAUUAAAUUUCAUUUACUACGGUCUCUCACGACAAUGUGCCAUCUUCAACCCACUAGUGACUGAAGAGAACUUUCCAACCUGCAGUUUUGAUAGACUGUACAGUGUGAAGCUCAUGAACUACAGAGGUAUUUGUAGUCUUGGCUGUUUGAAGAAGUACUUUUUAUGUACUAAUUUAUUGGACCUGACUUUGUUUUUUUAAACCUUUGACUUGUGAAUGAAAUAGAAAUUUGCAAAAUAGCCAAACAAUUUAAGUUUUGAAAUUGCAAUAGAAAGAAUUUCAGUUUCCAUUAAGAUUGCCCAGCGUGAUACUGUCUUCUUGAUCCUCGAGAAUCAACACACUACUCGUCCUUGGCACCAGGGACAAACUGGUCCUAGUAUUGAACUCUCCAUUCCAGGAAGCUAGGGUUGGGACCAAUAGCAGGGCGCAAUGUCAAAGAGUUACUGACAGUUUCAAUAAAAUAGUUCUAAGUUGGGACUUGUGUGUAAGUGGUAUGGCUUAAAAUUAAGAGAAGUUAAUCUGAAAAUCUAGGAGUGAUAUGGAAAGGUAUUACCACUUAUUUGCAAUGAAGUUGGAGCUGUUGUUUGAUUGGGUGAGAAGUUUCUACAUAGUGGUUUCCUGGAGACUGGGAAGAGAAUUCUGGAACAUUUUGUCAGUGGAAGUCAGGGUUAUCUUCUGUGAUAUCACCUUGUGACGCAUCCCAUGAUGCAUCAGUGUUCCUAUGGUAACUAGUGUUUCCUCUGCUUCCAUAUUGUCUGCCAAUGUUGUUUUUUAUACUGCCCAUGUCAAAAUGUUAAAUGGCUUCACACUAGACAUUUUCACCAGCUUUUAGAUGUUUUAGAAAUUGUCCCCUCUGAAUAUAUUUUCUAAAUAAUGUACACCUUAUUAGAAAAAAAUCUCUUUGUAACUUAAAGAGUAAAUGUCAAAGCAGUGUGGUAAAAAUUGUCUAUUUCUCUGUCCUAUAGUAAUGUUACUUAAUACUGAAAUAUUUUUGGAAGAAGAAAAUGUUAUACAAUCUUUGAAUAUUAGAAAUAAGAAAAUGUGAAAUGCAGAUUUAGGUCUCAUAGUGAGAAGCUUCAGGUGAGAUAAACAAUGCUACUGGCCAUUACUUCAGAAAAUACAGCUUUAACCUUGUUAGUGUUUGUGGACUGUUGGUGUGCCUUACAGUAUACAUCUUUCACUGUAGGGGUACAAAUAUCUUGUGAUAUAUGUCCAUGCUUUGGGCCCCAGAUGUGUGACCAUUGGCCCCAAACAUGGACAAGUGUUACAACUCACUUUAGACAGCUGUUCAUCAUCACACUGUAACAUUUCAUAUCAAAUUUUCUAAUGUCUUUUAUAUUUUUAUAUUCUUUUAGCUGUCACAUAUUGUUUCAUGUGCUUGAUGAAAUUCCAUAUUGAUGUUCACAAGAUACAAUCAACAAAAUGAAAAAUAUCUACAUGUUCACUUUCACAAAGUUCUCCCCCUCUCCCCCACAAAAACAUCCCAAAUUUUGGACACUCGUCUUCAUGUUAAUGUAUCUUUUUUUGUUAUUGCUGUGAAAUUCUAGUAACUAUCUACCUACCAACGAACGUAUUACCAACACUCUGUGACUUAAUCUUCCAACAUAGGGGGGAAAACAGCUUUUCUUGGCUAAUAUUCUAAAAUCAAAUGCAAGAGGAAACAUGAAUUAGAGAGGUUAGGAAAUGUUAGCCAAAAAGAGUUGUCUCCCUUGAGGACUUCUUACAUUCCAGUUGCUGUGCCUCCAUUGAAUUCGUUUUAGAGGGAUUAGUGACCAAGGGACUAUAUUUGCUUCCUCAGGAAUUUGGAGUCUCAGUGUACAUGCUUUAUCAGUCAAAAAUCUGUUCAACACUAUUCUCCUGACAACUGUAAUUGUUGAAGGGUAUUUUGGAAAAUGCAUUAGUCAACUCAAGGGAUGGCCAUGUGAAAUGUGAUCAAACCACAAAUGCACACUCACUCAAACCUCUUAGUGGGAGUGUAGUCACAAGAGCUUAAAUAAGAGAAAAACAUUUGUAUUACUGAACUUUUCCCUGGACCUUGAGGUCAGGGAAAAAAUGAGUAUAAAUCAAAUAUUACAUGGAGCACAAUUGCCAAUAUAACCUUACAGAUAUUUUGUCUUAUCUCAAUCUUUCUUCCUAGUGUCUGCGUGAAACUUACAUGUGAUAGGUACAACUUCUUAUUUUUGAAAGAAAACAAUAAAGUGAAAAUCCCUUAUCACAAAAA